CGCGCACACUGAGACCCGUUUAACGAAGCACUCGACCGCUGUAAUGAAAGCCCUCGCGCAUCCAUAGAGAUACAGUACAGCUUUCAAACGGACCGAACGGGAUCAUUACGGCAUUAUGAUCAUUUAAUACGGGACUCCUAGAAUCUACCAGGAGAUUAAGGUACAGGCCAGCAGCUGCCAGCUUGGCGGGAGGAACAUUUCCUGGCCUGAAUGCGAACCGACUGCAGCUGGAGCAUGUCCACUGCAGGCUUGACGGCCCAGGAGAUCUGUUUACCCGCGCAAAGCCUUUUCCUGCGGGGCAGCCAUUGGCAUAGCAUGGCCGGAGCUAAGCCCUCUUGGAAAUACCAUGAUCUACCCAACUUAUGCUUCAGGGAUUUUAACCAUCAAUCUCAGCAACAGGUGCUGCCAUCAUUUUCAGGAGCGGAAAAACAGCGGACUCAUCUUCAAUCACCAAACAGCCCAGGAGGCCAGCCCUUGCCCCCCAAAAAGCCCAGACCUUCCCAGCUCACCUUGCACACAGACUUUUCUACGUCUAGCCCUGCCAAAAACGACCAAGUGGUUCCCUGCUUUCAACGUCUAACCGUAUCUGAGCGCAUCAGUCCUCCCCAGACGCCCAGCCGAGUCACCAAACCCCUUCCUCCAAUUCCCGGUUCAGAUGAGCUUUCACCGGAUCAGGUUGUGGACAGUGAAGUAGAGUUCUUCAACGGGGAUGACAAUCGCUGCUUGGUUUCCGAACCUUGCUCCAAACACUCUCCUUUCCGGUAUGGAAUGCCUAGUAGGAGGAGUUUCAGGGGCUGUGGACAGAUUAACUACGCCUACUUUGAAGGUCCGACAUCCCAGCUGAAGCAGCAGAAGCUACGGCUGGAGCGGGAAACCCAACAGAGGGAACAGGAGCUCCGCGACCAGCAACAGCAACAACAGAACUGUCUCAGACAGCAGGAGAAACGUACGCAAAGAAAGCUGCAACGAUCCCAUUCUGGCCCGGCUUGCUUCAACAAAUCCACCUCCUUCCGGCUAUCCAGUCACCACCGGAAUACACAAGGCCUGGAUAAACCAGAAGUUCCUCCGAGAGUUCCUAUUCCCCCACGACCUAUCAAAACGGGAGACCACCGGCGCUGGUCAGCCGAAGUCUCAUCGGGAGCCAACAGUGACGAUGACCGGCCCCCCAAAGUUCCCCCUAGAGAACCUUUCUCCACCAGUAGUUCCCGCACCCCGAGCCCAAAGAGCCUCCCAAUGUACCUCAACGGGAUCAUGCCCCCUACCCAGAGCUUCGCCCCAGAUCCCAAAUACGUCAGUCGCGGUCUGCAACGGCAGAAUAGUGAAGGCUCCCCGUGCAUUCUGCCCGUCAUGGAGAAUGGCAGGAAAGCCAGCAACACGCACUACUUCCUUUUGCCACAGCGCCCGCCAUACCUGGACAAACACGAGAAGUAUUUAACGGACAGCAGCACAGCGGGUCGAGGCGCGGAUGCCUCCGAUUCGAGUUCGGACUGGGACUGUCAAGGCAAAAAGAAAACGACGCACCAAAUAGACUUGGUGUGAAAUAAGCGAGUAAACCUCACUCCCCUGAUCUCAAUAGGCGCUCUAGCGACAGAUGCUAGCGGCUGCAGUCUUUAGCCUCCU